CUUCUUUCUAUUGACAUUGAAUGAAUAUUUAGAAUGGUAUAAAUAUUACAAAUGUUGCUAGGGGAGAUGGAAUAGCAGAUCAUAUGUUAAGUACAUAGGUCCUACCAUUUCUAAUACAAAAGACGGAUAAAUAAUACGAUCAGCCUAUGUUGGUUAGAUGAGAAGUUGGAUUAUUGGAUCUCCCUUGUAGUUAUCAAACAGGCAGUUUAUAAAUUAUCAUCGUGGAAUGUCCAAUGUACUACAGCAAGUUCUCAGUACAGCCUACUGGGCAGCUCCUGGGCACACUUCUGAUCAACAGACCAUCUCGAAUGCCACGCAUAACAAGAUGGAAGGCUAUUUGUUUCGGAAGGUUACAAUAGGGUUAUUUGUUUUGGCACGUGGGUAUUUUGUCUCAAUGAGUGUUUAAGUUCACAAUUGGAUGUCAAUUUCCAUUGAUUAAAAAAAAGUAUAUUGUUGGAAUCUUUUAAUUAUUUGAGUGUCAUAAACAUUUAAGUACAGAAAUGGCGAGGAAAAAGAAGGGUCUUUGUAAAAAAAGAAACAUACAAGCAGCCGCUGAAGAACCAGAAGAAUUAGUGAGGGCACCCCAUUCCUUUAUAUUUCACAGAGGCCUAGUUGGGAAAUAUAUUUUACGGCUUAUUAGAGACUUCCGUAAUGUCAUGGAGCCUUUUACUGCUACUAAUUUAAGGCCCAGAAAAAGCAAUUCUAUUAAGGAUUUUGUUGCUGUAACAGGAGUACUCCAUGUAUCUCAUAUGGUUAUACUUACACAAACAGUUUUAAGUCCUUAUUUGAGGAUUAUUCGAGUUCCUAGAGGUCCUACACUAACUUUCAAAAUUCACAAUUACACUCUUUCUACGGAUGUACUUUCCUCACUCAGAAAACAAUAUGCUUUCAACAAAAUAUUUUUAAAUUCUCCAUUAGUCGUGUUAAAUGGUUUUACUGGUGAUGAUCCUCAUAUUAAAUUGAUGGUAGCUACUUUUCAAGGAAUGUUUCCCACCAUCAACAUAACAACGGUCAAUCUUAAAAGUAUUUCAAGAUGUGUACUCUUCAAUUACAAUAAAGAUACAAAAAUGAUUGAUUUUCGUCAUUAUGUUAUCAGAUCGAGACCUUUAGGAAUUUCAAAAGCCGUGAAGAAACUAGGAAGAAAUAAAAUACCCGAUCUUUCACGAUAUAAAGACGUUUCUGAAUUUAUCACCAAAUCUGAUCUACUGAGCGAUAGUGAAGUCGAAGAUGAUCCUGGUUCACAUGUGAGUUUGCCUCAAACACUUGGUCCUAGAAGUACUAAAGGUAAUAAAGCAGCUGUCAGAUUAACCGAGUAUGGGCCCAGGAUGACUCUUCAGCUUAUCAAAGUGGAAGCAGGUAUUAUGGAAGGAGAAGUGUUAUUUCAUGAAUAUGUUAACAAAACUGAAGAGGAGAAAGAAAUGAUCAGGCAACGUCUUGAAGAAAAAAGGAAGUUGAAAGAAAAGAGACGAAAAGAACAAAUGGCCAAUGUUAAGAAGAAGGAAGAGGCAAAGGAAGCAGCAAAACAAAAAAGUCUCGAAGGUAUGAAAAAAGCAGGAAUUAAUGUCGGAGGAGAGCCUGUUAAAGAAGAGGAACAAGACGAUGAUGCCGAGUGGUAUCGGCAAGAAGUAGGAGAGGAACCUGAUCCAGAACUUUUCCAGCAAUCUCAGAAAAAAUCGAUCCUUAAAAGGAAAAGGAAUGAAGGUGGUGGAGAUGGUUCUCUUCCACCAAAAAGAAUGAGAAAGGAUGUGCAUAAGAAAUCUGUCCGAUUCUCAGGUGUGCCCAAGAAAACGGUUAAUAAGAAAAACAUUAAACAACCGCAAAGAAAGCCAGUAAAGAAGCAACCUGCAGGGAAAAGAAAGGGAAAAGGGAGGAAAAAUAUGGGAACUAGAGUCACCAAAGGAAAGAGGCAUUAACUCGUCACACAGAGCUGACAUACCUCUGAUGAAAUGUUUAUAUCACAAAUUUGGAUUUUUAGAAAGUAAAACUAAAUAUAAUUUUCCCAUAUGGCAAAAAGGCAUUGAAAUAUAAAAAAAAAAUUUGUACUGUUAAUUUCCAUGCCAAUGAUUAAGAAACUACACAUCUAAGGAUGAAUGUGAAAUAUCAUCAUUGAAUUUAUAUCAAUAAGUAAUUUUAUAGAAACAAUAAUAUUGUUUUUACAAUUUUAUUAUGUUCAUACAAUACUAUAUCAUUGUAAAUAUGUUUUAUUAUCUGAUUUUUCCCCCAUAA